AUGAAUGAAAGUGCAAAUAUCAGCUUCAGCAUACAGAAGUAUCCCCUGCACCACAACGAGUGGAAAACGGGCAGCCUGCAUCUCGCCACCUACCGCCUCACACCGCCCUCUGCGGCCCCCCACAGCGCCUCCUACCGCCUCACACCGCCCUCUGCGGGCCCACCCAGCGCCACCUACCGCCUCACACCGCCCUCUGCGGCCCCCCACAGCGCCACCUACCGCCUCACACCGCCCUCUGCGGGCCCACCCAGCGCCACCUACCGCCUCACACCGCUCUCUGCGGCGCCACCUACCGCCUCACAUCGCCCUCUGCGGCCCCCCCACAGCGCCACCUACCGCCUCACACCGCCCUGCGCGGCCCCCCACAGCGCCACCUACCGCCUCACACCGCCCUCUGCGGGCCCCCACAGCGCCACCUACCGCCUCACACCGCCCUCUGCGGGCCCCCACAGCGCCACCUACCGCCUCACACCGCCCUGUGCGGCCCCCCACAGCGCCACCUACCGCCUCACACUGCCCUGUGCGGCCCCCACAGCGCCACCUACCGCCUCACACCGCCCUCUGCGGCCCCCCACAGCGCCACCUACCGCCUCACACUGCCCUGUGCGGCCCCCAAAGCGCCACCUACCGCCUCACACCGCCCUCUGCGGGCCCCCACAGCGCCACCUACCGACUCACACCGCCCUGUGCGGCCCCCACAGCGCCACCUACCGCCUCACACUGCCCUCUGCGGCCCCCCACAGCGCCACCUACCGCCUCACACCGCCCUCUGCGGCCCCCCACAGCGCCACCUACCGCCUCACACUGCCCUGUGCGGCCCCCCACAGCGCCACCUACCGCCUCACACCGCCCUCUGCGGGCCCCCACAGCGCAUCCUACCGCCUCACACCGCCCUCUCCGGGCCCCCACAGCGCCUCCUACCGCCUCACACCGCCCUCUGCGGCCCCCCACAGCGCCACCUACCGCCUCACACUGCCCUGUGCGGCCCCCCACAGCGCCUCCUACCGCCUCACACCGCCCUCUGCGGGCCCCCACAGCGCCUCCUACCGCCUCACACCGCCCUCUCCGGGCCCCCACAGCGCCUCCUACCGCCUCACACCGCCCUCUCCGGGCCCCCACAGCGCCUCCUACCGCCUCACACCGCCCUCUGCGGGCCCCCACAGCGCCUCCUACCGCCUCACACCGCCCUCUCCGGGCCCCCACAGCGCCUCCUACCGCCUCACACCGCCCUCUGCGGGCCCCCACAGCGCCACCUACCGCCUCACACCGCCCUCUGCGGCCUGCCACAGCGCCACCUACCGCCCCACACCGCCCUCUGCGGCCCCCCACAGCGCCACCUACCGCCUCACACUGCCCUGUGCGGCCCCCACAGCGCCACCUACCGCCUCACACCGCCCUCUGCGCCCCCCCACAGCGCCACCUACCGCCUCACACCGCCCUCUGCGCCCCCCCACAGCGCCACCUACCGCCUCACACCGCCCUCUGCGGGCCCACCCAGCGCCACCUACCGCCUCACACCGCCCUCUGCGGACCCCACAGCGCCACCUACCGCCUCACACCGCCCUCUGCGGCCCCCCACAGCGCCACCUACCGCCUCACACCGCCCUCUGCGGCCCCCCACAGCGCCACCUACCGCCUCACACCGCCCUCUGCGGGCCCACCCAGCGCCACCUACCGCCUCACACCGCCCUCUGCGGCCCCCCACAGCGCCACCUACCGCCUCACACUGCCCUGUGCGGCCCCCACAGCGCCACCUACCGCCUCACACCGCCCUCUGCGCCCCCCCACAGCGCCACCUACCGCCUCACACCGCCCUCUGCGCCCCCCCACAGCGCCACCUACCGCCUCACACCGCCCUCUGCGCCCCCCCACAGCGCCACCUACCGCCUCACACCGCCCUCUGCGGGCCCACCCAGCGCCACCUACCGCCUCACACCGCCCUCUGCGGGCCCACCCAGCGCCACCUACCGCCUCACACCGCCCUCUGCGGCCCCCCACAGCGCCACCUACCGCCUCACACCGCCCUCUGCGGCCCCCCACAGCGCCACCUACCGCCUCACACCGCCCUCUGCGGCCCCCCACAGCGCCUCCUACCGCCCCUCACCGCCCUAUGCGGCUCCCCCACAGCGCCACCUACCGCCUCACACCGCCCUCUGCGGGCCCACCCAGCGCCACCUACCGCCUCACACCGCCCUCUGCGGCCCCCCACAGCGCCACCUACCGCCUCACACCGCCCUCUGCGGCCCCCCACAGCGCCACCUACCGCCUCACACCGCCCUGUGCGGCCCCCACAGCGCCACCUACCGCCUCACACCGCCCUCUGCGGCCCCCCACAGCGCCACCUACCGCCUCACACCGCCCUGUGCGGCCCCCACAGCGCCACCUACCGCCUCACACCGCCCUCUGCGGCCCCCCACAGCGCCUCCUACCGCCUCACACCGCCCUCUGCGCCCCCCCCACAGCGCCACCUACCGCCUCACACCGCCCUCUGCGGCCCCCCACAGCGCCACCUACCGCCUCACACCGCCCUCUGCGGCCCCCACAGCGCCACCUACCGCCUCACACCGCCCUCUGCGGCCCCCCACAGCGCCUCCUACCGCCUCACACCGCCCUCUGCGGCCCCCACCAGCGCCACCUACCGCCUCGCCCCGCCCUCUGCGGGCCCCCCACAGCGCCACCUACCGCCUCACACCGCCCUCUGCGGGCCCCCACAGCGCCACCUACCGCCUCACACCGCCCUCUGCGGCCCCCCACAGCGCCACCUACCGCCUCACACCGCCCUCUGCGGGCCCCCCACCGCGCCACCUACCGCCUCACACCGCCCUCUGCGGCCCCCCACAGCGCCACCUACCGCCCCACACCGCCCUCUGCGGGCCCCCACAGCGCCACCUACCGCCUUACACCGCCCUCUGCGCCCCCCCCCACAGCGCCACCUACCGCCUCACACCGCCCUCUGCGGCCCCCCACAGCGCCACCUACCGCCCCACACCGCCCUCUGCGGCUCCCCACAGCGCCACCUACCGCCUCACACUGCCCUGUGCGCGCCACCUACCGCCCCACACCGCCCUCUGCGGCCUGCCACAGCGCCACCUACCGCCUCACACCGCCCUCUGCGGCCCCCCACAGCGCCACCUACCGCCUCACACCGCCCUGUGCGGCCCCCACAGCGCCACCUACCGCCUCACACCGCCCUCUGCGGGCCCCCACAGCGCCACCUACCGCCUCACACCGCCCUCUGCGCCCCCCCCACAGCGCCACCUACCGCCUCACACCGCCCUGUGCGGCCCCCACAGCGCCACCUACCGCUCCACACCGCCCUCUGCGGCCCCCCACAGCGCCACCUACCGCCCCACACCGCCCUCUGCGGCCCCCCACAGCGCCACCUACCGCCUCACACCGCCCUCUGCGGCCCCCCACAGCGCCACCUACCGCCUCACACCGCCCUCUGCGGGCCCCCCACAGCGCCACCUACCGCCUCACACCGCCCUCUGCGGCCCCCCACAGCGCCACCUACCGCCUCACACCGCCCUGUGCGGCCCACCCAGCGCCACCUACCGCCCCUCACCGCCCUCUGCGGCCCCCCACAGCGCCACCUACCGCCCCACACCGCCCUCUGCGGGCCCCCACAGCGCCACCUACCGCCUCACACCGCCCUCUGCGGCCCCCCACAGCGCCACCUACCGCCUCCCACCGCCCUCUGCGGCCCCCCCACAGCGCCACCUACCGCCUCACACUGCCCUCGCCACCUACCGCCUCACACCGCCCUCUGUGGCCCCCCACAGCGGCACCUACCGCCUCACACCGCCCUCUGCGGCCCCCCACAGCGCCACCUACCGCCUUACACCGCCCCCUGCGCCCCCCCCACAGCGCCACCUACCGCCUCACACCGCCCUCUGCGGCCCCCCACAGCGCCACCUACCGCCUCACACCGCCCUCUGCGGCCCCCCACAGCGCCACCUACCGCCCCACACGCCCUGCGCGGCCCCCCACAGCGCCACCUACCGCCUCACACCGCCCUCUGCGGGCCCCCACAGCGCCACCUACCGCCUCACACCGCCCUCUGCGGCCCCCCACAGCGCCACCUACCGCCUCACACCGCCCUCUGCGGCCCCCCACAGCGCCACCUACCGCCUCACACCGCCCUCUGCGGGCCCCCACAGCGCCUCCUACCGCCUCACACCGCCCUCUGCGGGCCCCCACAGCGCCACCUACCGCCUCACACCGCCCUCUGCGGGCCCCCACAGCGCCACCUACCGCCUCACACCGCCCUCUGCGCCCCCCCCACAGCGCCACCUACCGCCCCACACCGCCCUAUGCGGCCCCCCACAGCGCCACCUACCGCCCCACACGCCCUGCGCGGCCCCCCACAGCGCCACCUACCGCCUCACACCGCCCUCUGCGGCUCCCCACAGCGCCACCUACCGCCUCACACCGCCCUGUGCGGCCCGCCACAGCGCCACCUACCGCCUCACACCGCCCUCUGCGGCCCGCCACAGCGCCACCUACCGCCUCACACCGCCCUCUGCGGCCCCCCACAGCGCCACCUACCGCCUCACACCGCCCUCUGCGGCCCCCCACACGCCACCUACCGCCCCACAGCGCCACCUCCUGCCUCGCCCCGCCCUCUGCGGGCCGCGCGCCCCGCCCCGCCUGCCUGCGCAUGCGCCAGGCGCCUCAUGCCGUCACUUCCGCCGCUCGGCGUCGCUAUGGUGA